CAACAUUAGUUUGUGGUUUGUUAAACGCAAGUGUUUGGAUCAUUGUAAACUAUGAGGUUUUUCUUCGCUAUUGCUGUCCUUUUUGUGGCUAGCUGCUCUGCUGCCAACCUACGUAGCAAGCCCCGUUUGGAUGGUCGUAUCGUAGGCGGCUAUGAGACCGACAUCAAGAAGGUUCCCUUCCAAGUGUCCCUGCAAGCAGGAUGGCACUUCUGCGGAGGUUCCCUCAUUGCCAAGCGCUUCGUUCUUACUGCUGCUCACUGCACUGAUGGCGAUCCAGAGUUCAAUCCCAACUUCAAGGUACGCGUUGGCUCCUCCUAUUCCGAAAAGGGGGGCUUGCUCCUCAAGGUUAAUCGCAUCCAUCAACACCAUCAAUACAGUGCCAGUGUUGUGGACUAUGAUUUCUCCAUUUUGGAAUUGGAGGAUUACGACACCAGUGCCUUGGGCUUUGAACUCCAGUAUGCCAAAUUGCCCACCGCCGAUGAUGUUGCCGAUGGCACCCUUGUUACCGUUUCUGGCUGGGGUAAUACCAAGAACCCCAACGAAAGUAGCGAUGUCUUGAGAGCUGUCCAAGUCCCCAAAGUAAACCAAAAGGUAUGCCAAGAGGCCUAUACUAAUUUCGGAGACGUUACCGAUCGCAUGAUCUGUGCCGGCUAUACUCAAGGUGGCAAGGACUCUUGCCAAGGUGAUUCUGGUGGCCCAAUGGCUCUUGAUGGCACUCUCGUCGGUGUAGUGUCUUGGGGCUUUGGAUGUGCUGAACCCAACUAUCCCGGAGUCUACGCUCGCGUCGCAUCCGUAUUGCCCUGGAUUGCUGAGAAGACUGGCCUUAGCUUGUAAAUGGACAAUGAUUUUUGAAAAAAAAAAAUAAAAAUUAAACAACUGAGUAUUUUCUGAAAAUAUAAAA